AUGAGUUCUGUUACUGAUAAGAGUGCUAAGUAUGCUCAGAUUGCUGCUGAGGAAGUGCCCAAGAGUCUUUACUGCCUUGGUGGGAAGCUCGCGGAGAGAAUCUAUGAUGUGGCUUCUAAGCUCACUGAUAACAGUCUUUACCAUGUCUGUGUGUUUUCUGAUAACAUUGUUGCUACUUCAGUUGUGGUUAACUCCACUGCUCUCAACUCCAAGACCCCUGAGAAAGUCGUCUUUCAUCUUGUCACUAAUGCGAUGAAGUCAUGGUUUGCUAUGAACAUGGACAACCUCAGAGGAGUGACUGUUGAGGUUCAGAAGUUUGAGGAUUUCAAAUGGCUUAAUGCUUCUUAUGUCCCCGUCCUCAAGCAGGUCCAAGACUCUAAUAUGCAAAGCAAUUAUUUCUCUGGACACAACGACGAUGGACGCACACAGAUCAAGUUCAGAAACCCCAACUAUCUCUCAACGCUCAAUCAUCUCAAUGCUCAAUUAUAUCUUUUUAUAAGGCCUUCUAAAUUGUGUUAUGAAGAUAUUAAAUUCUUAUAA